AAUAUACAAAACGUUCGGUGACCUCUUACCAGCUUCUCUCCUCUAAUAAUCAACAAUAACCUAUUUUGUCUCCUAUUCAUUAAAUAUUUUCAUUUAAUCUUUAAAAUCUUAAAUAUGUUUGCCAAUCCAAUUUUCCGCCGUUUAUGUCUUGACAAUUUAAAAAGACCUUCUAUGAGAUGGCAGUCAACUUUAGUCAUUGGUGAGCACGCUGAUGGUAAACUUACUCCCAUCACACUGAAUGCCAUUACGGCAGCUAAGCAAUUUGGUGAUGUGUCUUGUUUGGUAGCCGGAGAACAGUGUGCAAAUAUUGCUGAAGAAGUUAGUAAGAUCGAUGGAGUUUCGAAAGUCCUUGUUUCGGACAACGCUACUUUCAAAGGGCUACUUCCAGAAUCUAUAACUCCACUUGUUUUGGAAGCCCAUAACCAAUUUAAAUUUUCCCAUAUUGUUGCCGGAGCUUCCGCUUUCGGAAAAAACGUUAUUCCAAGAAUUGCAGCGAAACUUGAUGUUUCUCCUGUAUCUGAUAUAAUAGGAAUUAAAGAUAAAGAUACCUUCGUUAGAACAAUCUACGCUGGAAAUGCCGUUCAAACCGUGAAGUCCUUGGACGCUGUAAAAGUUCUAUCAGUUAGAGGUACCUCCUUCGACCCAGCACCUGAAGGUGGAUCUGCAUCUGUCGAAAAUUUUAGUGCAUCCGUUUCUAAUGACUUGACAAAAUGGGUGGGAGCUGAAUUAACUAAAAGCGAUCGACCAGAAUUAACGAGUGCUAAGACAGUUAUAUCUGGUGGAAGAGGAAUGAAGAACGGAGAAAAUUUUGAGCUACUUUACAAAUUGGCUGAUAAACUAAACGCAGCAGUUGGAGCUUCAAGAGCUGCAGUAGAUGCUGGUUUUGUACCUAAUGACAUGCAAGUUGGUCAAACAGGCAAAAUUGUUGCUCCUCAAUUAUACAUAGCCGUUGGAAUUAGUGGGGCCAUUCAACAUUUAGCCGGUAUGAAAGAUUCAAAGGUCAUCGUAGCUAUUAAUAAAGACGCAGAAGCUCCCAUUUUUCAAGUCGCAGACUAUGGAUUAGUAGCUGAUUUAUUUAAAGCAGUACCUGAGAUGACAGAGGCGUUAUAA